AUGCCUCGGGGUCAGAAGAGUAAGCUCCGCACCCGUGAGAAACGGCGCCAGGCCCAAGAUGACUCCCAGAGUCACAGGAGAGUUCAGGCCACUGCAGUAAUAGAAGAACCCCCCUCCUCCUCUUCUCCUGUUUUGGAAGAUAAUCCCCAGAGUUCAUCAGCUACUGGGUCAAACAGCACUUCUCAGGGGUCUUCAAAAGCCCCAUCUACUACCAUCACUUCUUCAAGUACUUCUGACACAAGGUCUGAUGAAAAUGAUAACAGUCAAGAUGAGGAACAUCCAUGUUCCUCUGAUGUCUCACCUUCUACUGAGAGCACAUACAGUGAUACUCUAACUAGUCAGAUGGAUUUGUUGGAGCAGUUCCUUCUGCACAAAUAUAAAAUGAAGCAGCCCAUUAUGAAGGAAGACAUGCUGAAGAUUGUCAACCAAAAGUACCAAAACCGAUUUGCUGAGAUUCUCAAGAAAGUCUCUGAACGCAUUGAGGCUGUCUUUGCAGUUGACUUGAAGGAAGUCGACUCAACCAUCCACUCAUAUGACCUUGUCAGCAAACUGAAACUCCCCAACAAUGGGAGGGUGUGUCCUGGUAGGGGGUUACCUAAGACCGGUCUCUUGAUGACAGUCUUGGGUGUAAUCUUCAUGAACGGCAACUGUGCCACUGAGGAAGACAUCUGGAAAUUCCUGAAUGUGAUGCGAGUAUAUGCUGGGAGGAAGCACUCCACCUAUAGGGAGCCCAGGAAGCUCAUCACCAAAGAUUUCGUGAGGCUGAAGUACCUGGAGUACCGCCAGGUGCCUAACAGUGAUCCUCCACGCUAUGAGUUCCUGUGGGGCCCGAGAGCCCAUGCUGAAACCAGCAAAAUGAAAAUCUUGGAAUUUUUGGCGAAGUUCAGCAAUACGGUUCCCAGUGCCUUCUCAUCACAAUAUGAAGAAGCUUUGCAAGAUGAGGAAGAGAGAGAUCGAGCCAAAAUUGCAGCCAGGCCUGGAAAUACUGUCACUUCCAGGCAUGUUCCAUGGCCACGUCCAGCAGCUUCUCCCACCCUUACUGAAGUCUGA